CAGAAAUGAGGGGAAAGACGAAGACGAAGAAAAGGGGGUGGUCAUCAGCGGAGGGGAUUACUCAUUGUGAGAACCACGGGCUUUCGUUCCUGCUUUUGUGGCGGACUGAAUUGCUCUCCAGUACCGGGGUAUUUAGUUAAGCAGAUUGCGUCUCAUCGCGCCCGGCGAUGAUCUCUCUUGACGGCGGCUGGUGACAAGUGGCCCGAAGGACGGGAGACUGGCUCAGGCAGAGCUACGAGCAUGCAUUCAAACCGACUCUUAACGAGACGGGAUGGAUCGGGAGAUUCCGAUACGGCGCUGGCGGAUGAAGAAUCAGUAGCAGUGGAGCAGUGACACCCCCAUCUUCUGUCCACUCGCUGCGGGAAAUGCAGAGGAAAUGCACCGACGGACGGUAAAGAUGAGCACACCAAGUGUUUUGGCUGUUGUGACGGUCUUUUCGAUGAUUCCUGGCGGAGUGCUGAGCGAUAUGAGAGGCACUCAGGGUCUGGAAGCCCAACAAUUGGCCCAGGGGUCCACUCAUCUGCACCGUCGCCUGAAGAGAGGCUGGAUCUGGAAACAGCUGUUUGUCCCCGAGGAAGAUCCCACUCCUCGUGUAAUUGGCCAGCUGAAAUCCGACUCGGACCGUGGCGAGUUUACCAUCAAGUACAUACUGUCCGGCGAAGGCGCUGGAGACGUGUUCGUGAUUGAUGAGUAUUCUGGCGAGAUCCGAACGCUGAAGAAGCUGGACCGCGAGGAAAAGGCCUUCUACGUCCUCCGAGCCCAGGCCAUCAACAGGCGGUCCAACGAGCCCGAGGAGCCCGAGUCGGAGUUCAUCAUCAAGGUGCAGGACAUCAACGACAACGUCCCCCAGUUCCAGAACGAGCCGUAUGUCUUCAGCAUCCCAGAGAUGUGUCCCGUUGGCACCACGGUGGCCCAGGUGACAGCCACAGAUGCUGAUGAUCCCAUGUUUGGAAACAAUGCCAAGCUGAUUUACUCCAUCCUGCAGGGGGAGCCGUACUUCUCCGUGGAGCCAAAGACAGGGACCAUCGUCACGUCGUGGCCUGACAUGGACCGCGAGGCCAGGGAGCAGCACCUGGUGGUGCUGCAGGUGAAGGAUAUGCUGGGCCUGAGCGGCGGUUACUCCUCUUCCACCACGGUCACCGUCAGCCUGGCUGAUGUCAACGACAACGGGCCCACAUUCCAGCACCACCUGUACACCUUCGCCGUCCCUGAAAACGCAGCCGUCGGCGCCGAGGUGGGCAGGAUCAUGGCGGAGGACGGAGACGUCGGCAUCAAUGCCAAGAUGACCUAUAGUCUGGAGGACGACCUGGAGAAAACCUCCACGUUCAUCAUCAAAACGGACCCGGGAACGCAAGAAGGGGUGGUCCUCCUGGACAAGCCUUUGGACUAUGAAUCAAAGAGACGCUUCGUCAUGGCGGCGGAGGCGGUCAACGAUCACCCGGACACUCGUUUUCUGGAUCUGGACGAGUUCAGGGACAGAACGACGCUGAAGAUCGUGGUGGAGGACGUGGACGAGCCUCCCGUCUUCCUCUCGCCGGUCUACGAGUGGAAAGUACCCGAGAACGCGGCCGUGGGGACGGUGGUGGGCAGCGUCGGCGCCAGGGACACCGACACAAUCAACAAUCCUGUCAGAUAUUCCAUUGACAAAAGGAGCGAUUCCACAAAAGCUUUCAAAAUAGACCCAAACAAUGGGACUAUAACCGUCGCGAGAGGUUUGGAUCGAGAGGCUGCGAGCUGGCACAACGUGACUGUUGAAGCCAAGGAAACAACACAGAACCAUUUAUCCUCCUCGGUGGUGGUGUUCAUCAAAGUGCUGGACAUAAACGACAAUGUGCCAAGGCUUGCAAGAGAUUACCGGCCGUAUAUCUGUGAGGGGACGCAGGCGGGAGAACUCAUUCAGCUGCUCAGUGCCGUUGAUCCAGACGACCCCGCGGAAGGACACCACUUCUACUUCUCCAUGGUCCCUGAGAAGCACAUCAAUCCAAACUUCACUAUCAGAGAUAAUCAAGACAACACGGCCGGCGUCGUGGCGCGCAGGAGCACUUUCACCCGUAAGGACCAGACCCGCUACCUCCUGCCGGUGGUGGUGGCGGACAGCGGCACGCCGGCGCUCUCCAGCACCGCCACUCUGACCGUCAGCGUGUGCAGCUGUCAGCCGGCCGGCCACUGCCCCUCGGGGGGGGUGCAGGCGCUGCCGCUGUCCAUGGGGGUCAGCCUCCAGACCCUGUUAGGGAUCCUGGCCUGCCUGCUCACACUGUCAGCGCUGUCAUUUCUAAUCCUGAUGGUGAGAAGACACAGGCGGAAGCAGCAGGACGAGCUGGAGCUGGAGGUGGAGGUGAAGGAGCUGGAACUGCCUGACACGGUGUCGCAGAAGGUGCUCCACUACGGCGGCGGCGGCGGCGGCCGGGCCGGCCUGGACCUGCGCCAGCCCGCCGUCCCGCUGCGCCCCCACCCCAGGAGGAGGGACCGGAGGCUGCGCAGGGAGGACGUCAGGGCCAGCAUACGGAUGUCCCUCCGGGAGUCGCACCUCAUCGGCCCGGAGGACGAGGUCUUCCGGCAGUUCAUUCUGGACAGGCUGGCGGAGGCCGACCAGGACCCUUACGUCCCGCCGUUCGACUGCCUGCGGACUUACGCGUACGAGGGGUCGGGGUCGCCCACGGGGUCACUGAGCUCCCUGGACUCCCCGGCGUCGGAGAGCGACUGUGAAGAGCCGGUCCAUCCUCCCAGACCCUGUUUAGUGAGGCUCACUCCUUGGUACGGCGGAGCGGAGGAAGACACUGUCUUCUGAGGACAUCUUCAAUUUUUCAUUAAUUUAAAUUUUGCAUGACGGGCGAACGAGCUAAGUGCUCAACAGAUGACUCCAAAAUGUCUUACAAGUUGACUUGAACAAAACCAUUGAUUUUUUUUCCCCCUCUUUUUUUCAGGAGAGCUAUCUUUACUAUCAUUUUCUUCAGUCUGGCUUUAAAGAUGCUGGAAGGUUUUCUUUUAUUAUUUUUUUUUUUUCC